UUCCCUGAGAUUUGAUGGAGCACUGAAUGUUGACCUGACAGAAUUCUAGACCAACCUGGUGCCCUAUCCCCACAUCCACUUCCCUCUGGCCACAUAUGCCCCUGUCAUCUCUGCUGAGAAAGCCUACCAUGAACAGCUUACUGUAGCAGAGAUCACCAGUGCUUGCUUUGAGCCAGCCAACCAGAUGGUGAAAUGUGACCCUCGCCAUGGUAAAUACAUGGCUUGCUGCCUGUUGUACCGUGGUGACGUGGUUCCCAAAGAUGUCAUUGCUGCCAUCGCCACCAUCAAGACCAAGCGCAGCAUCCAGUUUGUGGAUUGGUGCCCCACGGGCUUCAAGGCUGGCAUAAACUACCAGCCUCCCACUGUGGUGCCUGGUGGAGACCUGGCCAAGGUACAGAGAGCUGUGUGUAUGCUGAGCAACACCACAGCUGUCGCCGAGGCCUGGGCUCACUUGGACCACAAGUUUGACCUGAUGUAUGCCAACUGUGCCUUUGUUCACUGGUACAUGGUUAAGGGAAUGGAGGAAGGAGAAUUUUCAGAGGCCUGUGAGGACAUGGCUGCCUUUGAGAAGGAUUAUGAGGAGGUUGGAGCGGAUAGUGCUGAGGGAGAGGAUGAGGAUGAAGGGUAUUAACUUGUAUGCUGUAUUUUGUACUCCAUUGUCUUAGAAGUGUUUUAUUUUUGUUCUGUGGACCUGUCCAUUAUGGCCCUUAAUUGUCAAUAAAAGUGACGUUUCCAUUAAAAAAAAAAAAGGGAGAUAUCAGAUCCAAGAUGGCUGAUCACUAACAGCUUGGGAUUGCAGCUCCCAGUGAAAGUGCAG